CCCCCCCCUUUAUCCAAACAGACCGCCCCGGCCUCUGCUCGGACCGCACUGACAAAGUAAUGCAGCCUGUUCCAGUCUCUCUGAACCGGGCGCACGGGAACGUUACCGCUACGGUAACUGGAAGAUAGGUCCCGGCAGACCGGCUCGUCUGCAGCCCCCGGCUCGUCUGUUUCUACCUUCUUCACCGCUGCGACUUCCACACUGGACACCCGAAGAUGUACAGGAAGAUAAGGAGCAGCAAAGGUCAGCGAGCCCCGGAUCGAUGCUCUUAUCGGUGAUAAAGAACAAAAAAAACAGCGUGUUUUUUUUCCGCAUGAGCCCUGGCGGGAGUCGGCUCGGCUUCUCGGUCGUAUCCACAGACUCAGGAUGAGGAAACCCAAAGUGACUCGGAGGGGUUUCGCCUUGUGCCUGGGAUGUUUCAUCAUGGUCAUUCUUUACUUCAACAGCAGUCUGAAGCCAGCCUCGGAGCCGGUCGGUGAAGGGAGCAGUGGGCAGAAGUCGAGGAGGAGUCCUCUACAGACACUUUAUGACGGUGACCAGGUCGAGUCGGCACUACAGGCGAUCCAUCAGGGUCGACGGGAGGUGUUAGAAGAAGCCUGCCGCUCCUACACCCGCAAGCGCAGAGUCCUCAUCCCCGAGGACCUGAAGCAUGUCAUCGUGGACGACCAGCACGGCUUGCUGUACUGCUACGUGCCCAAAGUGGCCUGCACCAACUGGAAGCGGGUGCUCAUGGUUCUGACGGGCGCCGCCGGGUCUCACCGAGACCCGCUGGCGAUCCCUGCCAACGAGGCCCACGUCCCAGGAAACCUCCGCACCCUGUCGGAGUACUCCACCUCACAGAUUAACCAGCGCCUGCGCUCCUACCUGAAGUUCGUCUUUGUCCGCGAGCCCUUCGAGCGGCUGGUGUCUGCGUACCGCAACAAAUUCACGCGGAGCUACAACACUGCUUUUCAUAAACGAUACGGCACAAAGAUAGUGCAGCGGCACAGGCAGGACCCACAGCCCGAAGCGCUGGAGAGAGGAAACGACGUCUCCUUCGAGGAGUUUGUGUAUUACCUCGUGGACCCGGCAACCCAGCGAGAAGAGCCGUUCAACGAGCACUGGGAGCGCGUGCACUCCCUGUGCCACCCCUGCCUCAUCCACUAUGAUGUGGUGGGUAAAUACGAGACGCUGGAGCAGGACUCCCGCUACGUGCUACAGCUGGCCGGGGUGGAGGACCAGGUCAGCUUCCCCGCCUCAUCCAAGAGCACCAGGACUACAGGCGACAUGGCGGCUCAGUUCUUUCACAACAUUAGCCCCUUCUACCAGAAGAAGCUGUACAACCUCUAUCGCAUGGACUUCCUGCUUUUCAACUACUCAAUACCAGCUUACCUCAAGUUCAGAUGAGGCUGGGAGCCCAGGGCAUCACUCAUCCACAGACCUGACUUAAACAUGUGGAGCCUAGACUUCUCUCUGUGUUGGCCUUUUUUCAGGACAUUGCAAAUACUGUUGAAGACGUAUCCUGAUUAGAGCUCCAAAGUGAAUGAUUUUAUUUUACAGACUGAAGAACCUCUGUGCACACAGAGGACACACAUAGGAGAGGGCAUUUAAUCACAAGAUGACAGUUGUUGCCUAAAGAAGGCAAAUUAUAUUUUACUGUAAUCCAGUGGAUGUUGGUCACUGACUUUGAAAGUAUGAAAUACCAUUCAACUGAAAAAAAGUGUCAUUUGCACGACAAAUGUAACCUGCAGUAGCUUAAUGAAAGUAUUAAAAUAAGACAGUGAAUGUCUCCAAACGGAUGUGCCUCUGAUCGUGGGCCUUUUUGACCCCUGCAGACAACAACAACUUUUAUAACUGUGACUAUGUUUAUUGUUUGUGCUGUAGAAGAGUUUUGUGUAACAAUGAUAUUGUCUUUUAUUUAUUGUGUUAUUGCUGACUACAAAGUCAGACAAACCAAAAUAGAUAUAUAGUUUCUCUCAUAAUUUUCAAAUAAAUGCAUUUCAUUAAGAA